AUGGUUACUGUCAAGGUAUUACUCUCUCUUGCUUCUAUUUACAAUUGGCAUUUGACUCACCUUGAUGUCAAUAAUGCAUUUUUGCACGGUGAUCUGUCUGAAGAAGUUUUCAUGCAUCUUCCUCCUGGUUAUCACCGUGAGGGGGAGCCUUUAUUACCUUCCAACACAGUUUGCUUUCAACAAUCUCAUUCAGAUUAUUCUCUAUUUAUCAAGACAGCAGGAAAUGAUUUUAUUGCUUUGUUAGUGUAUGUUGAUGACAUAAUAGUUGCUAGUAACAACAAGAUUGCUACUGAUAAUUUGAAGAAUUCUCUUAACAAAAGCUUCAAAUUAAAGGAUCUAGGAAAUCUCAAGUAUUUUCUUGGACUUGAAGUAGCUAGAUCAGCUAAAGGGAUCAUGAUAAACCAGAGAAAAUAUGCUCUGGAACUCCUAUCUGAAAUAGGCUACUUAGGAUGCAAACCUGCCAAAACUUCAAUGCAACCGAAUAAGCAACUUUCUCAAGAUGAUGGAGAGCUGCUAACAGAUCCCAGCAUGUACAGAAGGCUCAUAGGAAAGCUUAUAUACCUUACUAUCACCAGGCCAGACCUAACUUACUCGGUGAACAAGUUGAGCCAAUUUCUAAGUCAACCGAGGAGACCCCAUUUGCAAGCAGUCUACAGGAUUCUUCAAUAUAUCAAAGGAUCACCAGGCAAAGGUAUUUUCUUCUCAGAUUCUGAUUGGGCAGCAUGCCCAGAUUCUAGAAAAUCAGUCGCUGGAUUUUGUAUAUUUCUUGGAGAUUCUUUGAUAUCAUGGAAAUCAAAAAAGCAAAGGACAGUUUCAAGAUCCUCAGCUGAAGCAGAGUAUCGAGCAAUGGCUCAUGUGACUUGUGAGCUAACAUAG